CUUACUUUAUGCUCUCUGUCAUAGACAAACACAACGCCGUAAAUUGUACCUAAUAAAAAUCGACGCCAUUUGCGCGUUUUAACAAUUUCAUGAAGACUUAGAUUUCAUUGCUAAACAAUACAAAUUAAUAAAUAUGGGUGAAGAUAAAGUAGAUCGCCGACGUAGGUCGCGGUCCCGAGAACGUCGCCGCUCACGUUCCCGGUCCAGAGAACGCCGUGAGAAAAGAAGAAGCAAGUCGAGGUCUCCUUCUAAAAGAUCACGCAGACGCAAGCCCUCUCUAUACUGGGAUGUACCACCUCCCGGGUUCGAACACAUUACACCAUUACAAUACAAGGCCAUGCAGGCAGCAGGCCAAAUCCCGGCAAACAUAGUAGCAGAUACACCACAGGCUGCUGUGCCAGUAGUAGGGUCCACAAUAACUAGACAAGCAAGAAGAUUAUAUGUAGGGAACAUACCAUUUGGUGUCACAGAAGAGGAAACAAUGGAGUUCUUUAAUCAGCAAAUGCAUCUUUCUGGUUUGGCUCAAGCUGCGGGCAACCCUGUUUUAGCGUGUCAGAUAAACUUAGAUAAAAACUUUGCAUUCCUUGAGUUUAGAUCUAUUGAUGAGACUACACAGGCCAUGGCAUUUGAUGGCAUUAAUUUUAAGGGUCAAAGUUUGAAAAUAAGGCGACCUCAUGACUAUCAACCAAUGCCAGGAACCGAAAACCCAGCAAUCAAUGUACCUGCUGGUGUUAUCAGUACUGUAGUUCCAGAUUCACCCCAUAAAAUCUUUAUUGGAGGUCUUCCUAACUAUCUUAAUGAAGAUCAAGUGAAAGAACUUCUGAUGUCAUUUGGUCAGCUGCGAGCUUUCAACUUGGUGAAGGAUUCUUCGACGGGCCUAAGCAAGGGUUAUGCCUUUGCUGAAUAUGUUGACAUUUCUAUGACUGAUCAGGCUAUCGCUGGUUUGAAUGGCAUGCAGCUGGGUGACAAGAAACUCAUUGUCCAACGGGCAAGCAUUGGAGCAAAGAACUCGACAUUAGCUAUGACAGGGGCUGCUCCGGUGACUCUUCAAGUGGCAGGGCUGACAUUGGCUGGUGCAGGCCCUGCCACAGAGGUACUCUGCCUCCUGAACAUGGUUACACCGGAUGAGCUUCGAGACGAAGAGGAGUAUGAAGACAUAUUGGAAGAUAUCAAAGAGGAAUGCAACAAAUAUGGGUGUGUGCGUAGUAUAGAAAUUCCAAGGCCUAUUGAAGGCGUCGAAGUGCCUGGUUGUGGAAAGGUAUUUGUCGAAUUUAACAGCAUCGCAGAUUGCCAGAAAGCUCAACAAACAUUGACAGGCAGAAAAUUCAGCAACCGCGUCGUAGUUACCUCUUACUUCGACCCCGACAAAUAUCACCGCAGAGAGUUUUAAGUCACUUCUCCAAUUAACAUUUUGUCAUUUAUCCAGAUUCUAAUAAUUUUUCGUAAAUUUGACAUGAUUUUUGUGUUCCCGCACAUACGUUGUAACAACAGAUAAUAAAGAUAAUUUUAUCUUUUUCUAA